CGUCCAUUGGGGUUUCUGAUUCGCAUCAAUUGGGGCCUGUGUAUUAAUGCGAUAAUUCCAGUGUGAAUAUGGACCGCCUGUCGAGACCCUCGAUCGCCUUGCCCCUCGUCCUUUGCGUUGGAUCCUGCUUGUAUCUUAUCGCGCUUGGAAUCUACCGUCUCUAUUUCCAUCCCCUGGCCAAGUUCCCUGGGCCGAAGCUCGCAGCACUCUCGAGAUGGUACGAAUUCUAUUAUGAAGUAAUCCGCAAGGGCAACUUCACCCUUCACCUCCCAGCCCUUCACCGAAAAUAUGGUCCGAUCAUCCGAAUCACGCCAGAUGAACUUCAUGUGGAGGACAGUGACUAUUGGGACUACCUCUAUUCUCGUACUGCCCGACUUGACAAGUACGAGUGGAUGUCAGGGCGAAUGGGCAGCGACGGCAUGAUCUUCACGACUGCGAGCGCCGACCUUCACAAGCUCCGCCGAGGCGUGUUGAACCCAUUCUUCUCCAAACGAAGCAUCGUAAACUACCAGCCGUUUAUCAGAGAAAAGAUCCAGCGCCUAUGCACCAAAUUGGAGCAAUACAAAGAGGAUGGACGGAUUUUGGCCAUCAACCACGCAUUCAGCGCCCUCGCCGGCGAUGUCAUUUGCCAGUACUGUUUUGGGCUUUGCUACAACCAUUUGGAGUCGCCCAACUUCGAAGAGAGCUUUCACGAUGCUUUUAUGGCAGUGAGCGCGUUUGGCCAUACCACUCUCCAAUUCCCCUGGGUCACGCCUCUGCUCAACGCGCUUCCUGACAGUAUUGUUGACAAGAUGAAUCCGGCCUUGCAUAUGCUUCUGGUGCUCAAGAAAGAUUUCCAGAGGAUAAUCAGCAACAUAGCUAACAGCGACCGUAAGAUCGCAGAGCACGCCACCGUUUUCCACGAGGUGCUCAACAGCAACCUCCCUGAAGGAGAAAAGACCCUGAAGCGCUUAGGCGACGAGGCCUUUGGAAUCCUGGGCGCUGGCACAGAAACCACCGCCUGGGCUCUCACUCUCGCCACCUUUUACCUCAUCAACCAGCCAGCAACGAUGAAGCGGCUACAAGAGGAACUCAAGGCCGCGAUUCCAGAUCCCGCAGCCCCGCUGGACUGGCUGCGCCUUGAAGAAUUGCCUUACCUCAGUGCCUGUAUCAAAGAGGCGGUCCGAUUAUCUUAUGGCGUAACUUCACGGAGUCCUCGAAUUUCGCCAAAUAGGCCGUUCAAAUACAAGUCUUGGGAGAUCCCGGCCGGCACCCCGGUCUCUAUGACAAUCGUCGAUGUCCACAACGAUGAGGCCGUGUUUCCGGAUUCUCAAUCCUUCACACCAGAGCGGUGGCUGGACAAUCCGAGGACGGACAACGGCUCGUCUCUUGAUCGCUACUACGUUUCGUUUGGGAAGGACGCGAGGUCUUGUCUUGGGGUUAACUUGGCCCAUGCCGAGCUUUUUAUGGUCCUUGCUGCCAUCUUCCGCCAAUUCACCUUCGAGCUAUACGAGACAGAUGUGUCCGACGUGCGCAUGGCGCAUGAUUUCUUUAUACCCUCGCCCAAACUGGAUUCAAAGGGUGUCAGAGUCAAAGUUGUCGGGAUUAACAACUAGUCCUCCUAAGCAGGUUCCGGCCAGAUGUCUGGUGUUUCCCGGAAUGGAUAUAGAUAUGUAUUGCUGCACCACCAGCUCAGAAAUGGGGCAGCUCACAGAUUGCGUCUGAACCUACUCUUCGCGGUACUCUAUAUCAGGAUGUCGCACACUGCGCCCAGAUGCGUACGAUUUGCUCUCUCACUAUUAUCAUCAGCAACCCGCUCUUCAGCGUCACUUCGUUCGAACCUUCAAAUGUCUCAAGCAUAGUGCAGACUCUGAGGAUGGGAGAACGUGAAACCCUCAACGAGGUAAUGACGGAAACAAUGCGAGAACCUUAGCGACCUUCACAUACCCUGGGCCGUGAGGGGUGGUCGGUUUGGAGCUCUUCAUCUGUUUCCUUAGGUCUACCUUUCGACCAGUUUAGCCCUUUGAAAUGCUCGA